AUGAGUUCGAUUUUUGGCAGUAGUGCCAGUUCCCCGGAUUUAAGAAGACACAGUGCUGUUUCGAUAAGUGAAAUGGGACGUAGGUCAAGUGCUAAUCUGGGUAGUACUAUAACAUUUGGUAAGAAUUCCGUUCCAAAGAAUGGUGCACAAAUUAGUGGAAGUUAUACAAAUGGAAGCAGUUCGUUAUUAUCACAAUCUUUACGUGAAGGAGAAUCUAUUGACGAUAGUACUGAACAUGCAGUUGAUGAGUCACCAUUUGGACCAUUGAAAAAUGUAACAACAAGGAAGACUUUUGCUUAUUUGAUUGCUAUUUUGAAUAGUUCAUUCCCAGACCAGGAUUUUACUAAUUUACAACCUACCACUGAGAAUUUCUAUCGUAUCGAUUCUGCAGAUGAUUUGGUUCAUAAAUUCAAUAAUGUUUUGCUUUCGUUAGGUAAAAAAGAAGAUAUUUUGAAUUGGAUUUGGGAUAUCAUAAAUUCUUAUAUGGAUGUACUACCUUCGAAAACCUCGUCACCGUAUAUCCCAGCCCAAAGCGGUAGUAUCAGUACUGGUGCUGGUCCUAUUCGUAGCAGACAUGGGUCUUUCUCGAGUAAUACAAACUCACCUCCUUCUAAUGCUACUUUAGAACCUUGUCAAAUUUACCAAUUCCAACCAUCUGAUGAAUCGAUACUUGAAGAUUUGACAUAUCCAUAUCAACCAAUGUGGUCGUAUUACUAUUUCAUUUAUAAUAAGAAGAAAAAGAGAGUAACAUUCAUCCAUAUUGCUGCUAUUAACAAAGCUCAUUAUUCUAAUAUCAAUGCCAAUAAAUCAACAGAUGAUUCGAGCAAUGAUUCUAAGAAUGCCAAAGUGAUAAAACAUGGUGGUGAUGAUGAAGAAUAUGAUGAGAACGACGACUAUGGUUCCAAUGACUUGGAUCAAGCAAUAGAAGAUGAUGAAUAUGACGUUGAAGAUGAUGAGAACGUUGAUGUUGUUGGGGACCUUGAAAUUUAG